AAUUCUAAAGUAUAUACCUCCACUACACCCACCGCUGUCCUCUCUGCUUCCUUUGCAUGCUUCCUUUAUUUUCUAUUUUCCUCCCUGUAUCACCGCCUAUUACAGCUAAUCUGCUACGGAGCGAGCCAAGGGAGAGGAAAAGAACAGCUUCGAGAUCUUUUUGCCCCCUUCUUCUCCUUCCUACAUUGAUUGCUCCCCGGAUCUAGUGAUCUCUCUCUCCUCCCACCUUAUUCAUUUCUUUCCAUCCUUGCCGUAAUCACUCCUUAUCCUAUUCCACAUCUUCUAGGGUUUUCUUUCUGAUUGGAUCGAGGUUGUCCAAGUAGCAGAAAGAAAGUAAAGGCAAGAUGAUGUCCAGAUCGUAUACCAACCUGCUCGAUCUGGCCUCCGGGAACUUCGCGGCGCUGAGCCUGGGAGCAGGCGGCGGCGGGGGACGGGGGCUCCGGCGGAUGCCUCGGGUGAUGACUGUGCCGGGCACGCUGGCGGACCUGCAGGAGGAGGAGGAGCGCGCCAACAGCGUGGCGUCGGACGUGCAGUCGUCGCAGGCGCAGGACCGUAUCAUCAUCGUGGCCAACCAGCUGCCGGUGAGAGCCCGGCGCCGGCCCGACGGACGCGGGUGGACCUUCGCCUGGGAUGAGGACUCGCUGCUCCUGCAGCUCAAGGAUGGCCUCCCCGACGACAUGGAGGUCCUCUACGUCGGAUCCCUCAACGUUGACGUCGAGCCCCACGAGCAGGACGACGUCGCUCAGGCCCUCCUCGAGCGGUUCAAGUGCGUCCCGGCCUUUCUCUCCCCUGACCUCCACGAACGCUUCUACCACGGCUUCUGCAAGCGCCGGCUGUGGCCCCUCUUCCACUACAUGCUCCCCUUCUCUGCCUCCUCGACUUCCGACCACGGCAGCAGUGGCCGCGCCGGCGCCGCCCGAGGCUCAGACGGCCGCUACGACCGCUCCUUGUGGGAGGCCUACGUCCUCGCUAACAAGCUCUUCUCCCAGAAGGUCAUCGAGGUGAUCAACCCAGAGGACGACUACGUCUGGAUCCACGACUACCACCUGAUGGCCCUCCCCACCUUCCUCCGCCGCCGCUUCAACCGCCUCCGUAUGGGCUUCUUCCUUCACGUCCCCUUCCCCUCCUCCGAGAUCUACCGCACCCUCCCUUUCCGCGAGGAGAUCCUCAAGGCCCUCCUCAACUGCGACCUUAUCGGCUUCCACACCUUUGAUUACGCCCGCCACUUCCUCUCCUGCUGUAGCCGGAUGCUCGGCAUCGAGUACCAGUCCAAGCGCGGCUACAUCGGCCUCGACUACUUCGGCCGCACCAUCGGAAUCAAGAUCCUGCCUGUCGGCAUCCACAUGGGCCAGCUCCAGUCCGUGCUCCGCCUGCCCGACAAGGAGUGGCGGGUCAACGAGCUGCGCCAGCAGUUCGAGGGCAAGACCGUGCUCCUCGGCGUCGACGACAUGGACAUCUUCAAGGGGAUCAAUCUUAAACUUCUCGCCUUCGAGCAUAUGUUGAAGCUGCACCCCAAGUGGCAGGGGAGGGCGGUCCUCGUGCAGAUCGCCAAUCCAGCGAGGGCCCAGGGGAAGGACCUGAAAGAGAUCCAGAACGAGAUAGAGGAGAGCUGCGAGCGGAUCAACAAAGCGUUUGGGCAUGCGGGUUACAGCCCGGUGGUUCUCAUCGACCGCACCAUUUCGGCCGUGGAGAAGAUCGCUUACUACAUCAUUGCAGAGUGCGUGGUUGUCACAGCGGUCAGGGAUGGGAUGAACCUCACGCCGUAUGAGUAUAUCGUCUGCAGACAGGGAAUCUCUGAUUCCAAAGAUUCUGAGGCCGAUGGCCAGAAGAAGAGCAUGCUGGUGGUCUCGGAGUUCAUCGGAUGCUCUCCCUCUCUCAGCGGUGCGAUUCGGAUCAAUCCAUGGAACAUAGAGACCACAGGGGAGGCGAUGAAUGAGGCCAUCUCUCUUGCCGAUGGGGAGAAACAGCUGCGGCAUGAGAAACACUAUCGGUACGUCAGCACACAUGACGUUGCUUAUUGGUCAAAGAGCUUCCAGCAGGACAUGGAGAGGACUUGCAAGGACCAUUUUAGGAGGAAUUGCUGGGGAAUUGGUCUGGGAUUCGGUUUCAGGGUGGUGGCUGUCGAACCUAAUUUCCGGAAGCUUCAUGUUGAUGGAAUUGUUUCGGCUUACAUGAAGGCUAAGAGAAGGGCUAUCUUGAUGGAUUACGAUGGAACAUUGGUCCCACUCGCAUCCAUUAACAAGCAGCCCACCGCAGAAAUUAUUAGGAUAAUUAAUACUCUUUGUGCAGAUAAGAAGAAUGUAGUUUUUAUUGUUAGUGGAAGAGGUCGGAAUCAUUUAGGGGACUGGUUUUUGCCAUGCGAGAAGCUUGGAAUUGCUGCUGAGCAUGGAUACUUUGUUAGGUGGUCUCAGGAUGAAGAAUGGGAAACCUAUAGCCAGAGCACUGAUUUCGGGUGGAUGCAGAUUGCGGAGCCAGUGAUGAAACUAUAUACAGAGUCUACUGAUGGAUCUUCCAUUGAGCCCAAAGAAAGUGCUUUAGUUUGGCAUCAUCGUGAUGCUGACCCUGGCUUCGGUUCUUCUCAGGCAAAGGAAAUGCUUGAUCAUCUAGAAAGUGUACUUGCGAAUGAACCGGUCUCAGUGAAGAGUGGGAAGUUUAUCGUUGAAGUCAAGCCUCAGGGAGUUAGCAAAGGUCUAGUGGCAGAGAAGAUUCUCUCUGCAAUGGCAGAGAAUGGAAGACAAGCGGAUUUUGUGUUGUGUAUCGGUGAUGAUAGGUCAGAUGAGGAAAUGUUUGAAGACAUUGCUGGCGUAGUGACGAGGAACCUAGCAGCUCCAGACACAUCAAUAUUUGGCUGCACCGUCGGACAGAAACCGAGCAAGGCCAGAUAUUAUCUGGAUGACACGGCUGAGGUCAGAAACAUGCUUGGAGCACUUGCAGAUGCCUCUGAGGAGUCCUCUUUCGAGGAGAGAUUUGAACCACCCUUGUCCACUUAGAUUAAAAAUGACCAUUCACAAUGAUAAGUGUGCUUGUGAUCGACUUCCUCAUAUUCCAUCGGCAGGGUAAAAGUAAAAUCUUCUGAUUGGUAUCAAAUCUGAGGUAGAUCUGAUCGAGGACAAAUUGCGUAUUGCGUUUGAUCAGACUGCUUGAUAGGCAAUCCCCCGACCAUGUGAGAGAUAUACUGGGAGAAAAAGGCAUAUUCAAACAUGAAGUAAGGUGACGAGGGAGGCCAUUCAACUCCCCAGGGGUGUUCUUUUACUGGAUUGAUUGGAAAGCUGUUUAGGAAGUUAGGUGUUUACUAUUUGUCUCAUUUUUUUGACAUCGAACCCUUGCUGUAGAAGAUCCGAAUUUUUCUGAUGAUUUGACAUGUUAACCCGAUGUGACUAUUACUGAUAACAUAGAUUUUUUUUUUCUAUCUUC